GGAAAAGCCCUUUCCUGACCUCCGUUAAGAAUCAUAUUCCUAUGAAACUGUGUUCACACACAGCGAGCACAUAGUCCAGACCACAGGUGUCUAUUGAACUGGGGAUUGAACUCAGGCCCUUGCGCUUGCCAGUGUACCAUAAUUGAAGCAAAAUGAUGGAAGAGAGUGGAAUAGAGACCACGCCACCUGGGACUCCUCCUCUGAGCCUUGCAGGAGUGGUGGCCACUGCCAUGUCCUCAACCCCUGCUUCAACCAGUUCUUUUUCUUCUCCAAAUGUAUCCGCAAUGGAGUCCUUGCCCCCACAUGCAUGUUCUACUCCGCAGCCGUCCCACCCUCCUUUGCGGCCUUCAGCACCACUGCCUUUUGUGCCUCUUUCAUCACCUCCUUCUGUUCCACCACCUGGUACUUCUGUGCCCCCUCCGCUACCGUCAGCAACUGCUGCCACCUUCAGUAAUCCUCCGUUAGCCCACUUCCCACCUGCAACUUCUACCCCAAGUGGUCUUUUAACUGCCCCUCCCCCGGGUCCUCCGAUAUCAGGAUUUUCUGUUGGUUCAUCUUAUGACAUCACACGAGGACAUGCAGGAAGAGCACCUCAGACACCUCUGAUGCCAUCAUUUUCUGCACCACCAGUGACAGGUGUUUUGCCAACUCCUAUUACUCAGCAAGCCAGUCUGACAUCUCUGGCACAAGUAACUGGAACCACAUCAGCCAUUACCUUCCCAGAGGAACAAGAAGAUCCUAGAAUUAAUAGAGUUCAGGAUGAAGCAUCUGCUGGUGGUAUCUGGGGUUUUAUUAAGGGUGUGGCUGGGAAUCCUGUGGUGAAAUCUGUGCUCGAUAAGACGAAACAUUCCGUAGAAAGCAUGAUCACAACGCUGGAUCCUGGCAUGGCUCCUUACAUCAAAUCUGGAGGUGAACUGGAUAUUGUAGUGACCUCAAAUAAAGAAGUAAAAGUGGCUGCUGUCCGAGAUGCCUUCCAGGAGGUCUUUGGCUUAGCUGUGGUUGUAGGGGAAGCUGGACAGUCCAAUAUUGCCCCACAGCCAGUGGGCUAUGCAGCUGGAUUGAAAGGUGCCCAGGAACGCAUAGAUAGCUUGCGUCGCAAUGGAGUCAUCCAUGAGAAGCAGACUGCUGUGUCAGUAGAGAACUUCAUUGCAGAACUGCUGCCUGACAAAUGGUUUGACAUUGGAUGUUUAGUAGUGGAAGAUCCUAUCCAUGGCAUUCGUCUAGAAACCUUUACCCAAGCCACACCAGUGCCUUUGGAAUUUGUACAACAGGCUCAAAGUCUAACUCCCCAGGACUACGAUCUGCGGUGGUCAGGCCUUUUGGUAACGGUGGGCGAGGUCUUGGAAAAGAGUUUACUGAAUGUCAGCCGGACUGACUGGCAUCUGGCCUUCACUGGCAUGUCACGUCGACAGAUGAUCUACAGUGCAGCCAAAGCCAUGGCAGGCAUGUACAAACAGCGCCUGCCCCCGAGGACCAUGUGAGAAGAGACAUGGGGACACUGACACUGAGAUCCUUUCCUGCUCUGAACUUGGUGUUCAAGAAGUUGUGUCUUCUUGAAUUGAGUAAUGUCAUUGAAUCUAGUGAUUUUUGUAAUUUUCCUGUAGACUACAAUAUUUUUUCCUAGACAGGCAUGGUAUCAUUCCAAUAGAAGAAAC